CCACCAGCCUGGGGUCCUCACAGCUUAUAAACAAGGGAACAAGCCUGUUCUAAAAGUACGCGUAUUAUGGAAACGGUUGACUGCAUUUUGAUAACUCAUUGAAAUGUUUAGUUCCAGCUAGUCCCCAAUAAAUAGCUGUAUUGUUUUUUUUCUGGAUAAUUUUAAUUAUAAAAUUGGGUAAAUUUGUUCACUGAGGAGAUGGAUGGUUACCCCGGAGUCAUCGUCGGUGAUCCCACCAAACAACAAGAAAGACAUUACUACUUAUUAUCAGAACUGCAAACUUUAGUCAAAGAUUUACCAAGCUCCUUCCAGCAGCGCCUGUCCUACAACACGCUGAGUGACUUGGCUCUGGCACUCAUUGAUGGCACGGUUUAUGAGAUUGUGCAGGGGCUCCUCGAUAUUCAGCAUCUGACAGAGAAAAACCUUUAUAACCAGAGGCAGAAGCUGCACUGUGAACACCAAGCACUCAAACAAGAUCUUUUAAGGAAACAUAAAGAAGCUCUGCAGUCAUGCAAGUCUCACAACCUUGCACUUCUCAAAUCAAACCAACAAGCAGAGCUGGAGGCUCUGGAAAUCCGCGUGCGAGAGGAACAAAAAAUGAUGGAUAAGAAGAUUGUAGCAGAAAUGGAUCAGAAAGUGAUAGAUCAGCAGAACACCCUGGAAAAGGCGGGAGUCCCUGGAUUUUACAUCACCACUAAUCCUCAGGAACUGACAAUGCAGAUGAACCUCCUUGAAUUGAUACUCAAACUACAACAGAAGGAGUCGCAGACUGGGGUCAUGUGAGAAACAUGCCUUAUUUCACCAGAAGAGAUGAAAAAAAUCCUGCAAAGCCCACAGACGGAGUACGCAGACAUUCCUGUAACUAUGAGAUUCAACAUGUGGUGAUCGUCUUUGUUCAGGAAAUGUUUGAUUGCUUGUAUAAGAGUGUUAUUUUCACCAUAUAGACCUGCAGGAAAGGUAUUCUUAUUUAGUGUUGGAGUAAGAGGGAAGAGGCCAGUUUGUCAAUGAAGUUUUAAAUGCUAUAUCACACAAUGUGUUCCUGUUAAGAUGCAUUAUAUCAAUAUUUAUUAAGAGUAUUGAGAGAGCAGGCUCCUCCUCUAAUUCAACAGAAGUAGGUCAUUGUGUUGCGUAAAGACACAGAGGGCUGAAGCAUGGAUGACUCUUCUGCAGUGAGCUGGUCUCCAUAAAAAUCCCUCCUGAUGCCUUUUAAGAAAUCAACACAGUUUUUGGAAGAGCUAAUUUCAAAUUUGUAAAAAGGAAAAGGUGUAAAUCUGUUAAGUCCAGUUUUCCAGCUGUAUUUUGAACAAACUAUUUUUUAUUUAUUUAAAUUUGUUUUGAUUAAUUACUCAUUUUUUAAUAAAGGAUUAUUUUUGUAAUCUAUUAUACUCUAUUGCUAAGUUUGUUUGGUUGUUUUGAUAAAAAGGGUGAAAACUAUCGAACCUAUAUCCCUUCACAUUUGACAUGUUUUUGUGUUGGUUAAUGCCUUAUUUCCCACAUAAAUAGACAACAAAACACACUUGAACCAAUAUGGCAUACAGUAAAAACACAACCAGGGUAUGGUUGGUUCCAUU